GGUUUUUUUGGGGUUUUUUUGUCCCCCCCAGGAGCGCUGAUGCUGCAGCUGGACCCGGAGUCGUACAGUACGUGUCUCCAGCUGGCCCAGUUGCAGCUCCGGGUGCGGGAGGCGCUGGCCGAGCGAGAGCGGCUGCUGCGGGCGCGGGAGGCCCGGAAAGCCGCCAAGGCCACGCCCACAGAAACAUCAAUCACUGCCAAGGCCACGCCCACAGAAACGUCAAUCACCACCAAUGCCACGCCCACUGAAGUGCCAAUCACCACCGAGGCUCCACCCCCUCUACCACAGGCCCCGCCUACUCCGGAUCCAGCCCCGCCCCCUCCUGAGCUCUCCAAUUUCUCCCCGACCUCCUCCUUGCCCUGCGCGCCCGCGGGCACCGCCCCGAGAGCGUCGGGGGGCUGCGGAUCCUGGGGGGGUCCCUGCGGGGUCCCCUCACCAAAAUGGGCGGAAAAAUCAAAACCUGGAGGCGCCGCUGGUUCCACCUGGACCCCACCAGGAGGGUCCUGGCCUAUUACGGGGACCAAGCCCAGACGAAGCUCAAGGGCGUCAUUUACUUCCAGGCCAUCGAGGAAGUUUGGUACGACCCCGGGCGCGUGGCCGGAAAGCGCAGGAGGGGCAGCAACAGGAAGGGGAGGAGCCACCCGGGCCCGCCCAGGGCUUGGCCCCGCCCCACCGGCCCUUUGACCCCGUCCUUGCGCCCCAUUGGCCGGCUGUGUACCACGUGACCGGCAGCCAUUUUGUCACCGGAAGCCAUUUUAUCCUCGGUGGCCAUUUUGUCUUCAGCGGCCAUCUUGUCUCCGGAAGCCAUUUUGUCACCGGAAGCCAUCUUGUCCCCGGAAGCCAUUUUGUCACCGGAAGCCAUUUUGU